GUGGUUAGAGCCAUGGGAAGCACAAUGCAAAGCUUCAUGGUAACGUCUUUAGUGGAGACAAGUUUUUAGGCUAAUGUUGCAGCUUCAGCGAUCAUGGCUCCUAAGUGGCAGCAAACAUCUCUACCUCGGCUGGAGAUGAUGGCCUACUGGAUUCUUUCAUUCGUUUCCCAUCUGUAUGCCUUCUACCAGCUGCACAAGUUCUCCGAAGACCAUGAAUCCAGUCUGGACAGAGAGGUACAGCUGGAGAGAGGAUUCCUUAUAUGGGGGUUAAAGAAGGACCCUACAGAUUUUGAAUGGAGUUUUUGGAAUGAGUGGGCAUGGCGGUCUCUUCUUUGGUCUCUGAUUGGCCAUGCUAUGGUAUCUAGGCUGACAGCUCAUUACCUGCCUCAGUACAGACUGGCAGUCUAUAUGAUAUAUGGGGUGCUCUCGGCCGGCUGGCUUCUCGGGGUGCGUGGUGUGGUUCUUUUGAUGCUGCAUUUAAGCAUCUCAUUGGCUGUUGCUCAGAUGCGUAGCCCCGCGCUGUCAUGGUGUUGUAGCCUCCUGUUGCUCUCCACACUCAAUAUUAGUGCCGUCCAGGACUUACAGCGUGGCUGGUACGGUUCUGAGGAGCAGUAUUUCCUUUUGCUCUUCAGUACUGCCGUUUGUGGUUUGCGCUGCAUUAGCUUUAGUCUGGAGCUUUGCUGGAGUCCCCUGGAGGCUGGAGGACCAAACCAUCGCCGUUCCCCACUACAAAAUAAAGGACUACAGCCACUCAUUUCACAGUUAUACAAGCUCACAGCCUACUGCUUCUAUCAUCCUCUGUUCUACAAUGGACCCAUCAUGACCUACAAGGACUUUAGCGAACAGGUAGAGCGGCCGGUGUAUAAAGUAUCCAUGCCGUAUGCGUUGGGUGGAAUCCUGCGUUUGUGCAUCUGGUGGUGUUUAGCUGAAAUGAUGAUCCACUUCAUGUACAUGCACGCCAUCCAGGGCAACGAAACCUACCUGGAAGUCCUUCCACCCUGGGCGCUAGGUGGGUUGGCUCUUGCUUUAGUGCAGUUUUUCUUCGUGAAGUAUCUUGUCUUGUUUGGCACUGUGUCUCUGUUUGUCAAGCUGGAUGGAUUGGACUCGCCGGCAUUGCCACGCUGUGUCAGUAUCAUGUACAGCUUCACCGGGAUGUGGAGACACUUUGAUGUGGGGCUCUACAAAUGGCUCAUCAGGUACAUAUACGUGCCGUUGGGCGGCGUGCGUCACGGUGUGUUCCGGAAGCUCAUGUCUGCGGCGCUGCCGUUCGGGUUUGUGUGUUUCUGGCACGGUUGCCAUGACUACCUGCAGUGCUGGGCCCUGCUGAACUGGGUCGGAGUGUCGGUGGAGAAGGCGCUCGGGCUCCUGUUCUCCCAUCCUCCUCUUCAUCAUAUUAUUGUGCGCUGUCUGUCUCCACGGAUGCAGAGGCGAGGCUUUGCACUCAUCUCAGCCUUUUCCACCGCUUUGCUUAUUCUGUCCAAUCUGGUGUUUCUGGGUGGGAUCCAUGUGGGUAGAAUCUUCUGGAAAAGGAUGUUUGUCCAAGACUGGUCCUCUGUGGCCGUUCCAAUGCUUGCUUUCCUCUAUUGCUUCGCUCAGGUUGGCAUCGAGUGGGACAUGAGAUGAUGUCACAGCAGCUCAGUUUGGAAUCAAUGCAGGACAAUGUUUUUUACAGAGACAAUAGUAUCAAAAGUUUUACCAUCAUUUUGACCAGUCACGAUUUGGAGAGUUUGCCAGCACGUAUAUCUGUGGAUCAUACAGACUGAAAACAACAGGUUCAUUCCUGUCAACUGCUGAAUUGUGCGUAUGAUGUAGUAUCUGUGCUGUAUUUGAAUAGUGUGUGUGGAAAUGAAAUGGCAUGGCUGCUCCAGGUGUGUGUUUGAUGGCUAAUCCUGUCACUGCUUUAUUUAUGAGUUUGUCUGAACACUGACGGUGACACAUGUCUCUGAUCAGCGGCCAGGAUACAGGCGACAACCUGAUCAUUGGCUCUCUCUCUCUGUGUCCAUCCUUCUGUGUGUAUUUCCAUCCUCUCAUUCGUUUUGCCCCUCUGAUCUUUCUUUGCUGAUCUCUCCGUCUUGUCUUAUUUUUCUAUCCAUUACACUCUAUUCGUUUCUCUUGUCCUCUGUGUUGUGUUUUUCACAUUGUAUCUCCUUACUAACAGCUCAAGCUGCUGCAUGUUUAAUUGGAUUACUGAUCUGAGCCUGUUUUGUACUUUCUUAGAGAGUGUUAAGAUUGUGCGUGAGUAUGUGUGUUUGUGUGUUAUAAAGGGGAUCACACUUUAAAGAGCUUUGUCAAAGCGGCACCUUUAUUGGCAUCAGAUUAAUAAUUCAUAAUCCCUUCAUAAAGUCUCUCCCUUUCUUUCUUUCUUUCUUUCUUUCUCUCUCUAAAUUUUAGUGUGCUUCAUGGUAUGACACAACUGUACAUUUUCAAAGCUUCCACAACAGAGCAGCAGAUCAACUAUUGUACAAAUUAAUUGUGCAAGUAAUAUUAAACAAUAACUAUGAGGGCUGUCAAACGAUGAAUUGCAUCAAGAAUAAACGUUUGUGUUUACAUAAUAAAUGUCUGUGUACGUGUUUAUAAAUACAAAAUGAAUAUGCAAAGUACACAGACAUGUAUACAUAUUAAUGAAAUAUGAACAAUUAAUAAUGUAAAUUAUAUAAAUAUUUAUCAAUUUUAAUGUUUCGUGAUUGUUUUUGUGAAUCCAAACGUAAUAUGCACAAGACUGUACACAGAAGUAUAUUGUGUAAAAAAUUAUUUUGGAUGCGAUUAAUCAUGAUUAAUCGUUUGACAGCCCUAAUCCUUAAUGUAUUAAUAAAUAAAUAAAAAUAUAUGUAUAAAUAUUAAUGCAAAAACGUAUUAAAUGAGUAUUAAUGUACUAAGUAUUAAAAGAACUACGAAGCAA